CAAGUCCCAAGCUGCAGCUGUAAUAAAAUCCUUUGAUGAGGACGGUUGCUGCCUCCCUGAUCGAUCCAAUACAUGUACAAUGGACAAUAAUGCGUUUAAAGACUUGGUUCGUUCCAAAGUGAAGAGCACGAAGCAAAUCGCUCGCGAAGCUGUGGAACAAGCCUUUGCCAAGAAGAACAAGACACGCAAACGACGACGACGUGAUGACGAUGAUUUGGAUUCGUCCGACAGUGACACCGAGAAAGGCAAAAAAUCCAAAAAGGGAAAGUACAAGAGCAAUAGGAAAGAAGAUGAAGAUGACGAUGAAAAAUACGCAACCGCAACCAAGGAACACUAUCGUGAUCGCGCCCAAGAGCGUCGAGAAGGCAAGAAUGUCGAUUAUCAAGAGUCACAAGUGCUCUUGGAAACGGUCAAGAAACAGGCAUCCGCGUCGGAAGGAUUGGAUGAGACGGAGCUUUCCAAAUUCUUGGGAGGGGAUGAAGCUCAUACUCAUCUGGUCAAGGGAUUGGAUGUGGCACUGGCACAAACCGUGCGGCAGAAAAUGCAAGAACAACAAGAAGGAACGGUUGAUAGAGGCGAAGAAGAGGAUGAACAAGACACUGGCAAACAACACCAACCGAAAUCCAUUGACACCAAAGACGGUGCACGCGAGUACGUGUUGUCGUCGUCGUCACAACCAGCGGGUCGGCUGUCGGCAUUGGGACGAUCCGUAUUGCCGUACUUGCAGCACAAGUUGCAACCACAAGACCCCAAAACCGUGACGGGCGCUGGAGCUGCUAUUCACCGUUCCCAACUCGUCUUUUGCGUCGAUUGGAAUCCUCAGAAUUUGGCAUUGUCGUGGGAGGUUCCCAGUGAGAAGAGUCGAGCCGCAGCCACCGUUCAGGCCACACAUCAUGGCACGGGCUUGACCAAGGCAUCUCCACUCACACGAGAAUUGAUCCAUCAAAUGAAGAAACGAUUUCAGAAAUCGAACAAUGGUAUUACCAUUAUUGCAACCGCAGCUGCCAAAGAACAACAAGGCAGUGGCCCGAAAACAGUCGUGGAGAAUGAUGAUAGUAGCGACGAUGAUAUAUUUCCAGCAACCGGAGAUUGACCUUCUCACUCACUCACUCACCGAAACGACAACCACAUGAUUUGUUUUCACUAGCAGUGCUGUCCAAUCCACAAUUGAAGGUAGGUCUGCAUUGUGCGUUGUCUACUAUACAACCGAAUGCUUGGAAAAAGGACCAGCGGCUGCUCUGAGAAGGAGGAACUUUCCAAUUUACAACACAAUACACAAUGAUAGGUCGUCAGUGUAUGAUUGGCGAGAAAAUGGUACUGACUCAAAUGCAGCCGCUCUUUGGAUUUUGCCUUUUUCUGCUCUUCUUGUUUGUUUGGAGUUCAUUGUAUAGAACGAGCGAUGCUAACGAUUGCGUCACUUUUUCUUUCUUUCGGCUUUCGGACCGCGCAGGUACUGUGGAACGGAACG